UCAGAAGCCAAAUCAGGUUUUGUCGCCGCAGCCGUAGGUCCGAGACAGUGCGAGUCUGUUAGUUGGUGCCCGCGUGCGGUGUCAGGAACUUAAGCGUUGUGGUACUAUGUUCUUGACUCAUGUACGAAAGUGACUGAAAACAUUGUGUAAACUUUGUUCUUAUAAAGUGUUAAUGUUUGGAUGUCAUCGGUUGAGCCGAUAUAUUUCUAACAUUAGCUAACUGCACGUGUUGUAGGUGAAAGGUUGACUUCUUGGCCGACACCAUGUCUUCCACAGACCAAGAGAAGGGCAGCAACCAACACGUCGCGUUUCAAAUGAAGUCCACGGAGGCCGACGUAGAGAAGAAUGAAGAGUCGCCGCUGUCUGAAGAUCGUCCCGUUAUUAAAAACGGCGCUACCAACUCAGAAGAGGCUGACGAAGAAAGAGAUCGACUGCCCUUCUUAAAAGCCCGACAGUCACGCUUCUCCACGACCUCCAUACCGGGCUUCCCAGGCAUGGCUUCCAGGCCUUCUUUCGGGGGCUUGUCCUCGAGGCCGUCAUUUGGAGGACUGUCGUUCGGGAACAUGAGUUCACGGCCCUCUAUGGCCUCUCUACGGUCUACUAUCAGCAGGGUCAACAGUGAACUCUAUCCUGAACGUGGAUCCUUCGUCGCCUUCAGCAUCGGACACUCCCUGGCAGACCUCCCCACGUUGGCCCAUAAAAUGUACAUCAUCACUCAGGUACUGGCUGCCGUGUCCGUGGCUAUGGGCUCUAUGGCAGUAGGGUUCAGUGCCGCCUACACCUCCCCCGCUCUGGCUUCCCUCGACAGCCCUAACUCGACCCUGAACGUGACGGAGGAGCAGAAGUCGUGGAUCGGUUCCCUGAUGCCCUUGAGUGUCUUUAAUGGGCAGUACUGCUCUGCCACGACGGACGCUGUUGGUGCCCGGGAUAGCUUAAGAAUUAGUGGUGAGAGCACCCUUGAGCGGCGGUGCUCGUGGCAGCCUCAGGGCACCUCCGCCUCUAGUGCCAGUCAGGAGACCCCAGGGGGCGAGGCCAGUGCCACCGCCGCCGUCAGUGUCUCCCCUGAGGGCCGAACUCCCUCGCCUCAGACACCACAGGGGCAGGGCGAGCUUUCCCUGGCGAGGAACACCGUCGCCAGAUCCUCUCGACGGUCGCCCCUGCCGAGGUAUCCGUCGGCUGAGAGCCUCACCUCCUUCGCCGAGUCGCUAGUCAACCCCGGGGGCGCCUCCUCGUCCUCCCUGGUCCCGGCCAAGAGCACGCCCUCCCUCCACCACCACCAGGAUGGUCCCCACGCCCACACCUUCUCUGCCAAGCAUCCUAGUGUGAGCGCCGCCCUACACGCCUCCAGGUCGACGCCCAACCUUGACGACAGCGAGGAUGGCAGUAUGGUGACGAAGAAAUCCUCCAUGUACUCCUACCUUCACGGUGCCUCCUCCUCCUCCUCGAGCAAGGGCGGCAUGGGUGGUUCAGGAGUAGUGGGCGGUCGCUACUGGGACGUCACUGUGGGGGCGGAUGACACGCCUGACCGUGAGGACUACGCUCACCACCUGCGCUCAUCUUCCUACCAGCUGCUUCACUCUCGCCAGCUGUCUGCUCUCAGCUCAGGCUCAGCUGGUUCCUAUCACAGCAGACAGCAUUCCAACACCUCCAACUACAGUGAGUCUGAGGAGCUGAGUCCUCGGGGGGACCUCCCGACGGGCCACAGUCAUCACCAUGGGAUGGAUCGUGCCAGGUUCUUUUCCUACGACAACCUCGGACCAGAGUCUUCCAGUCAGAAGUAUCAUGGGACGUGGAACAUGUCAGAGCCAGAUCUGACUCUGGCCCCGCCACCAUACUCUCCUCCAGGGCCCGGCUACCAGCACCAGCAGCCACCAAUAUCACCAACUCUGCCCUCGACAGCGGCGGCGGCGUCCUCCUCCUCUCCCUCUGUGAAACACUCUCCUACAUCACCCUCGUCAUCAAGCCGUCACCCAUCAUCGCCUCCUCCUCCCCCCGUGCGUGACGCUUCUAGUCUAAAAUAUAUCAAGUAUGGUCCCGGGCAUGAAAAGUACCCGUCGUGGCCCGUGCCAGCAGCCAACCAAGUAAUGCCUCACAGCUCCUCCACUCAUGAUGCUAAUGUCUCCGGCUUGCCAGAGUCAACCUCCCAGUCCUCGGCGCCACAAGGCUCACACCGCUCCAAGUCCUGGACGGAGCAAUCAGAGUACCCUAAGGAGAAGGCCGGAGGUUAUGCUCGACCGUACAAUAAGAAGCCCUUAAAUCAGUCCUUCCAGAGGCAACUGAAAACUGUGAUGGAGCGAUCAGAGAAAAUCCCCAUGGAGGUGUUUCAUAAUAGUCUUCGAGAGGAUGUGUUCUCUAGCUCAAAUUAUUCCUUUAUAGAUUCCUAUUACAAACCUUCCAAUUCCUACUAUCCUCUUUAUGACCGCGACGGCCGUGCCCUGGAUGACAAGGACUACAGCAUCCCCUCACCCCCAGAACGUGAUCUAGGCAUGGGUGAGGCUACACUCAGCCAGGUGACGGCGGCACAGCUGGAGGAGUAUGUGCGUCGGUAUGAAGAAUUUGGUUACUCAGAUUUGAUAGGCACAACGCCUCUGUUAGAUCAGCUUCGGCGUGAGUCGGUCAUGUGGGACGGUAGGUCAGAGAGAGACUCUGGGAGAGGUGAGAGUGAGAGUGUUGCUGACAGUGCUCGCUACAGUAAUGGUCGAGAGAGUGUGACUACCGUUGUCACGAACUCCUCCUCGGCAUCUUCCUCAGAAACUCUCAAGUGGCAUGGCUCUCUUUCUGACAUAUCUGUGAUGUCUGGUCAUUCACGUGAUCCCAGAUCUGACCAUAAUAUUGUGCACAGCUCACGUGUACAGGCGCCUCAACGGCACAACAGUGAAUCGGUUCUCUAUUAUGGUGCUGACAGCAGGGGUAAGCCGCCCCAUGGAAGACUUGGCCACGACUCUCGUGAUCACCGGGACGUACGGCGCUCAGUCAGAGACACAGAGUCUGGCUACCCGAGAGCCUCGCGGGAAGGAAAAUGGAGCAGAGAAGUUGAACGCAAUAAUGAAAUGAAUAACCUGAAGAAAUUCCCUUCAUAUUCCUAUACACAGCCUCUCUCUCAGAUUACUGAGGCUCCGGGCGCAGAGAUGCGUGAGACCCCUAAGUCUCCUACUCGCUCCCCUCAGAGUCCUACUGUAGACUUCAGCAAGCCUCCAUCAGUCGCUGAACGGAUUCAUGAACUGGAGAGACAGUCUCGCACUACAGGUCCAGAGAGUGCCACUCGCUGGCCUCGUGACCACAGCGGCUCACGGGAGAGGGACCCCAGGGAUGCCCGUGAUCACAGAGACCCCAGGGAUCCCCGUGAUCACAGAGACCCCAGGGACCCCCGUGAUCUACGAGACCCCAGAGACAUACGGGAAGGCCAUGAUCCCCGGGAUCCUCAAGAUCUUGGUCGGAGGUCCCGCGAUGAUACAUCACCACAAGAGGCCCGUGAAGGUGGGGAGAAACUGGAGAGUCGAACACCCAGAGAACACCGGGAGUCAGGCGAGACUCGCACCCACCAGAGGAGAGGCUCCCGUGACUCUCAGAGAGGAGACAGGGACUUGAGAUUGGAUUUCUCUAGAACAGAAAGGAAGGGAGACACUUCGCAUGCUUCACUAGACGCUACUCGAUCUCCCAGCACGCCAGGGGCCUCGUCGUCCAGGUCUCCCACACAAAAAGAUCCUGACGGUAGACCUUUCAUUCAUGAAAAUUUCCAGAACUUGUUGAAUACUUUUACAGAAGUGGACAGAGUUGACAGAAUCGACCGUUCUGAUAGAAUGAACAGUAAUGUGUCUUAUUCCUAUUUAGAUCCAGAGAAGAGACGCAAGGUGCCAGACGCCACUCUUAAGAGUAUUCAGAAACAAGCUGUGAUGUCCUUUUAUGAACGCCAUACAGGAAAAAGCUUGGGUUGUGCUUCAGUCAGUGAUCUCAGCUCAGCGAGCAGUCAGUCAAGUCUCAUAUCUUCCCAGUCAGCGCCAGAAACCUCACCGGGGAAGUGGCCAGGUGUCACUCAUGCAUCAAUGAACCAGAGUAUGAGGACAGACAAGUCUGGGAGAGCAGGGAAGGGCAUGGCUCGCCUCGGCCGUGUGCCUGAAGGUGAAGGAGACGAUCAGGGACACAGACCUGCUCGACGGCGAUCUAUGAGCGGUCGUGACUCUGGCAGUGAGGCAGGUACUGAUGACCUCUCCAGGGGAGGCUCCCAGCGCUCCUCCCUCGCCUCGGAUGCCGCCUCCUCCUCACGAGGAGAGCAGCCGCCGGCACUGCCCCAGAAACAGAUACAAGUUCAUCAGGAGGGAGUGACCCGUUCCUCGUCGACGUCAUCCUCGCACUCUACGUCGGCCAAUGAGGAGCCUCGACCAUUGGAGGAGGCGGAACAUUACAAAGAUGAUGAUAUCUCCUCCCGGACAUCGUCGUCGACCCGGGGCCUGCUGGACGGGGCCCUCGCCUCAUCAGACACCCUCAUCACCCACCAGAUUGACCCGCCUAGACCGCCCUCUCUGCCCCCACCCGCCCUCGAUGAUCCCCCACCACGCCCACCAGAGCGCCCGCCCAAGAAGCCAACUUUGCGGUCACUGUUCCAUGGACCCAACCCGGAGGCGGCGGCGGCGUCCAGCCCGGGGGGGCCUGGUGCUGGCGCCCUCCUUAACUCCCCCCAGAUUGAAAAGAUCAACAGUCCAGACUCUGAGAUGCGGCGGAUAGAGGAGUCUGCUAAUGAGUUAAGGAACAUGUCUCCAGCGAGACCUUAUUACUACCGCAAGCCGCCAGCGCCAGAUCCACCCAAGUCACCGGAAGCAACGCCCGCAAAUUCUGCUGUGGCAGCCGCCACCACGCCCGGUUCUCCCAGGCCCCCUCGAUCCCCUCAUCCCGCCCGCCUCCACACGUCGCCCACCCACGCCCGCCACCUGGCGCCACCCAUCAGCCCAACGUCUCGCUCGUCCACUCCUGACCUGCCACCUCCUCCACCUCCUCCAGUCACUGACGGGGAGGUCGUGGUGUGUGACGAGCCCUUACCACCUCCACCCACGCCCUCCGAGGUGGCUCCUCCGCCCACAGACGUGCCACCCUUGCCCCCAGACUCCCCACCCAGGGAGCGUCUGAUGGGCACUCCCCUCAGCGCCCCGGGACGCCCUCAAGACACUCAGCACCCCACAGACCUAUCACAAGGACUCGUACAUGGCCCAUCGUAGGGACUGGAAGACAGGAUUCGAGGGGCGUUACCGUAGGACCAUCUCCCCUUCAGCCUCCAACCGCAACCUCCUCUACACCCGCGACGACAACACCAACAACAACACCACCAGUAACUCCCUCUCAUCCUCCACC